AAAUAAUAGCCUGAGAAAUCACCCCGAGAAAUCUUCGUACAUGGUGACAUGUUGAAUAAAGCGAAUGUCCGCCGUGCAGGUGGAUGGUAAUUCUGGUGGUUGACCACAUUCCAAGAUGAAGAUUCUUAUAGCAUCCGUGGUGGUUUUUGUCCUUGUAUCCUUCAUUGCUCCGUCACAUCAGCAACCUGUGAUCUCCGGUGCGCCUAUCGUGGCCAACCUACACGAGGAGACGGCUGUAGAGACGGAGUUGGUGUGUAUAAACUGUACCAGCCCCGACAACAAGAACAUAGAGGUGUCAGACCAGUCCAUCACACCCAGUGCCACGUUCUUUGAUGUCUACAGAAUCGCCGGCAGUCAAGAGUUCUGCAUCCGCUACCUGCCCAGCCAGGGCUCGCCUAACUAUAAGAGAGCACGAGCCUACGACAUCACGAUCCGGUGUACCGACAGCGACAAGGCCUUUGUUGAGGAAAAUGUGGAGAUAAGGAUUCGAACAAACGAGCCACCCCGCAUAACCUCGACACUUUCAGAUACCUGCUCGUAUGACGCAAAGACUACCACUGCUGGGACAUCACUUCUAAACAAUCUCAUCACCGUCGAGGACACAGACAACGACGUCCUCACAUACACACUCACAACCGUCCCGGCGUCUGCUGCAGACAACUAUGAAAUAGUAAAGCCUAACCCUGGUUUCGAGGAAAUCCAAAUAGCGGCAAAAAACAACCUUGAUGUUGAAUGUAACUCUGAUGUCACUUUCUACGUCAACGUCACCGACAGCAAGCACAACGCCGUCGGGCCCAUCGUCGUGUCCUGCACAGUGAACAACAAGUACACAACCCCUAAGAUCGCAAACAUCGACAAAGAGAUCUACGUCAGCGAGGACACGGCCUUGGACACGUCACUGAUCACUUUCAUCACUGAGCCUAACGAACCCACUCUGACCACGACCUAUGAGAUAGCAACAGUCCCAGCCAGCGCCGUGUCCUUGUUUGACGCAACCAGUACACCUAACGAAUUGAAACUAGCGGGUCUUCUGAACUAUGAGAACACCCAAAUGAGGAACAUCAACGUCAGCAUCAAGGCCGACAACGGCAAAUGUCCACCAGACACCCAGUACCUCUACAUCCGGGUCACGGACGCUAACGAUCUACCGGAACUGGGCCCGAAAAAUGUCACAAAGACAGUGUAUGAGGGGACGAUAACUGUCAAUCCCGAGUUCACCAUCACUGACGAGGACUUGGACGAUUCCCACACCUACAGCAUCGUAUCGGGUAACGACAACGGCUACUUCACCAUCGACCCGGCCACAGGCGUCAUCAGCAGUGCUGUAAUUUAUGACGUAGAUCAAGGAAGAAUGCCUUCAAAUGCAACGCUCCUUGUCCAGAUUCAAGACCGGAAGGGAGACGCCAUAGACAACGCUACGGUGAACUUGUUCAUCCAGGAUGCCAACGACAACCCGCCCGAGUUCAGCACCAACUCCACAUCCCAGUCCUUCUCAGUCAGUUCAUGCGGGCAGCUCGGGGAAACCCUUGGCAAGCUGUGGGCUGAAGACAAGGUCGACUCCGCCUACCAGAGCAACAAUGUCAGCACCAUAGUGGCUACUUCCAACAGCUACCUGACAGUCACGCCGAGCGGCGACAUCAUCCACAGCGGCCAGAUCCCAGCAGGCACGGUGUCGUCACUGACAGUGUAUGCCCAAGACAGAGGUGUGUACCCGAGUGUCCAGACCAGCCGCAACCCCGUCACCAUCACCCUCGUUGGGCAAACGUGUACGACGACACAGCUGGUGACCGUCGUUGUCAACAACGCUGGUACUGGCACAGGCACUGGCACAGGCACUGGUACUGUCGUAAACACUAUUGUCACAGUUGCUCCGGCGACAACUACUACAACAACAGCAGCCCCAUGUACUGGUUUCUUCUGCGACGCUGGUAACAUUGCCCUGACGGUUCUCGGGAGCUUGUUGGCACUCGGUCUUCUCGGUUUGCUGUCUGCUUUGAUCUACAGAUACUGCUGCAACAGACCCGUUGAGGUUAAACGGUCUUGGACGCCGCCUAGGAAGGUGCGACCCAUCACGCCGCCGACACCACCGCCACGCGUAAGAACGCCCGUCACGCCACAGCACAUAACCAUUGAACGUCCUCCUUCCAUUCAAUACGUUCCGGUACCCGUUGCCCCUCCACCUCCUCAACUAAUGCGCGUGCGCAGAAUCGUCCCUGUCAAACAGCAGCAGCAGAUGGUCAAGGUCAAGAGCAUGGUGCCUGUGACGCAGAAUGUCAGGGUCAAACAGCUGGUUCCUGUCCCGGGGAAUGCCACACAAGCUAUUGCUGCAGCGCCAAAAUAGACAGCGUGUUUCUGCGUUUAUAUGACUUGUUUAUAAUGUUUAAGUUAUUUAAUGUUGUUGACGAGUACAGUAUUUUGGUUCACAAAGACAAGGCGCUGUAUUCUGCUGCUUCUGUCGAUGUGUGGUUAUUAAAGCAGUAUUCAAGAAACCAGACACCUAUUCUGUACCAGAUAUACGAAAACAUGUAGUUCUGAACAAUGCAAGCAGUUGCAUGACACAGCAAAAGUGUUGAUAUAAUCAUAAAUCGAUGUCGGUAUUUCUCCUACAUUCACCCAGGUGCACAAGAACAUCUUUGAUCAAACGUAGUUUAAUUUGUAUAAGGUUCUGGAACAUAUUCAUGUUCAACAGAGGGUACGUUACAUUUCACGCAAGCGAAAUAACAUUUCAUGACAAAACCUCUUUCAGUCUGCGUCAAUGUCACCUAGGUUUAGAAAGAUUGUGAAGAUCAAUAUGAAAAUACAUAAUAGAACAUAAGUCUUUCCUAAAGAUCUGUUUGGUUGUCUCUGACAACAGUCCACAGCACCUUUACGACUGUAUUGAUAUAAGAACUUCUUUACGUUUUUCUUACAUAAAAUAUAAAUGUUUUGUGAAAUUACGUUUUACAUCCGAUAAUGUUUUCUAUCCAUUUCCUGUUUCAAUUACUUGUACUUAGCUUCUUUGUAAUAAAGGCCGUUUACAUUAUUUAUUAUUGCUACUCG